AUUAUAUUGAUUUUUCCUGUCAUUAAAGAAGGAAGUUAUACCUUAUAAAGUGAUAAAAUGGCGACUAAAGAAAACAUAGACGCAUCAGAUGAAAUAAUAACAUUGAAGUGUUGUGUGUGCACCAAGAAAAACAUAACAAGAGAUGCUGAAAAGUAUUGUGUAGAAUGUCAGGAUUAUUACUGUAUACCAUGUACAGACACACACAAAAUGUUUCCUGCUCUGAGUGGUCACCAGAUCCUGGAUAAAGCUGACUUCAGUUCACAUGGUUUACAUGUAGCUGAGCUGCCAAGUUACCCUACAGAGAGAUGUUCUACACACAAGGCAAAAUUACUGGUCAUGUUCUGUACCAACCAUAAUGAAGUUGUAUGUGCUAGCUGUGUAGCUAUACAUCACAGAGCAUGCCAAGAGAUACGAUCAAUUCCAGAGGACAUUGACAAUUUGUACAGGAAAUCAAGUUUAAGAGAAACUAAAACAAAAGUGAAUGCCAUGAAGAAAACCAUGGAGGAUAUAAAGAAGUCAAAAGAACAACUAUUACAAGAGCUGAAGAUACACAAAAAUAAGGCAGUUGAUUCAAUUAGGAAUUUCAGGAAAGAAAUGGAAGCUAUGCUUGAGAAACUUGAAAAGGAUUCCAUACAGGAGGCUGAAGCACAGUAUGAAAAAACAGAAAGUAUAUUACACAAACAGAUCAAGGAAGCAGAGGAAUUCAAUGUUGACCUUGUACAGUACUACAAGAAACUGGAGAGGUCUGCUGGAAAUAAAGCACAGGAGUUUGUCUGUGUUAAACAGACUGAGGAAACUAUCGGUAAAGCUGAAAAUGCUGAACAAAUUCUGAGAAAAGGACCAGAUAUGGCAACAGGAUUUCAACCUGAUGUAACAAUCAAAAACUUUCUUAAUCAAUUCAAGACACUUGGCAAGAUCUCUAUUACAAGUACAAAACUCAAAUUGAAAACAACAGUGUACACAAAGAGAGCAGAGAAUGAAAUUAAUGUGAAAUUGACAAAAGACAAAAGUGACUGCUGUAUUUAUGGUUUUUGUUUCACUUCAGAUGGCAGCCUACUACUGACAGACUUCAACAACAACAAACUGAAAUAUGUAGAUAUUUCUACAGCUACAGUUAUGGAUCAUCUAGAUCUUUGUGCUAAACCACAUGCUGUCUGUCAGGUCAGUGAUAACGAAGCUGCAGUUAGUCUUGUUAACAAAACCAUCCAGUUUGUAUCACUGGGUUAUAAGAUGGCUACCACAAGGCAACUGAAACUGAAUCAUCGCUGUUUUGGUCUGGCUUACAAGAAUGGGAGAAUGUUUAUAUCUGACUUCAGUUCCACUGUUUAUAUUUAUGGUAUGACUGGUACCAUGCUCAACAAAAUCACAGCAGACAGAUCAGGCAAUGAAAUUUUUAGCUGCAGUAGACAUAUCAGUCUCAGCGCUAACAUAGACAGGGUGUAUAUAGCUGAUGAGGAAAAUGGUUUGAUCACACUAGACACUCAGGGAAAUUAUGUAUCAACAUUUACAGAUCCUGAUGGGGUUCUCCCUUGGGCAAUAUGCACUGAUGGAAAAGGAAACAUAUUUGUCUGUGGAUCCUCAAACAUUGUACAGAUAAGUGAGGAAUCUGGCAGGAAGUUAGGUGUACUCAAAGAUAUGAUGGUAUCUUUAUCAGCUUCAUUUGACCCACAGCAGAACAAACUUGCUUUAACUGGGUCAGGCAAUAAUGUCAGUAUCUUUGAACUAGAAUAAACCAUAUCAUCUGAUACUAAUAUUUAUCUUCUGAACAAUAAAGUGUCCUGCAGAUUAUAUUUCUUCCAUUUUACAUCAAACUGUCUUACAACAUCUAUGCAUAAUGAUCUUACAUGAAUGUGUAACAGUAUGCUAUAUACAUUAUCUGUAUUAUGGUUAGUUUAAUAAAUAAAACACAAAUCUAA